UAUCGUCCCAAGGGUGAACGAGUGAAGAAUGUACGUGCUAACAGCAUUCUCUGUUUUUUCCCUUUUGUACAUUUAGUUGACCACGGUCUUGCCCGUUUAGUAGGGGCGUACCAUGAGCAUGGCCACAAAGCCGCCAAAAUUAACCCUUUGUUUGCUGGUCAAGCAGUGAUGGAUAUGGUACCUGAAAUUCAAAUGCUGUCGGAAGUUCUUCAAGGGCCUUUCAACAUCACAGGACUUCUGAACAUGGGGAAAGAAGAAGCGUCCCUAGAGGAUGUGCUGACUUACCUUGAUCACAUAUACUGCGGGCACAUUUCUAUAGAGACGAGCCAGCUGCCAAGCCCAGAGGAGAGACACUGGUUUGCUAAAAGGUUUGAGGAGCUAAAACAAGAAGCAUUUACAACUGAAGAGAAAAAGCAUUUGUCCAAGGUGAUGUUGGAGUCCCAGGAAUUUGACCACUUCUUGGCCACCAAGUUUGCCACGGUGAAGCGAUAUGGGGGUGAAGGAGCUGAGAGUAUGAUGGGCUUUUUCCAUGAGUUGUUCAAGAUGUGUGCCUACUGUGGGGUGACGGACGUAGUUCUUGGCAUGCCCCAUCGCGGAAGGCUUAAUCUCCUCACUGGGCUGCUUCAGUUUCCACCAGAGCUUAUGUUCCGCAAGAUGCGUGGGUUAAGCGAGUUCCCAGAGAAUUCACCUGCGAUUGGAGAUGUCCUUUCCCACCUGACAUCCUCUGUUGAUCUAGACUUUGGGUCACACCACCCUGUGCAUGUCACCUUGCUGCCUAACCCUUCCCAUCUAGAAGCCAUUAACCCGGUGGCUGUUGGCAAGACCCGGGGAAGGCAACAGUCAGUGCUAGAUGGAGAUUACUCCCCGGACAGCUCUGCCCAGCCUGGAGACAAAGUCAUCUGCCUGCAGGUUCACGGUGAUGGUGCUUUCUCUGGUCAAGGGAUUGUUCCUGAAACGUUGACGCUCUCUAAUCUCCCACAUUUCAGAGUUGGUGGAAGCAUCCAUCUGAUUGUUAACAACCAGCUGGGAUACACCACUCCUCCAGAACGAGGGAGAUCAUCACUGUACUGUAGUGACAUUGGUAAGAUAAUUGGGUGUGCUAUUAUCCAUGUGAAUGCGGAUGAUCCUGAAGAAGUCAUCCGAGCCACACGACUAGCUGUCGAAUACCAGCGCAACUUCCGGCAGGAUGUGAUUGUUGACUUGCUGUGUUACAGACAGUGGGGUCACAAUGAACUCGACGAGCCAUUCUUCACGAAUCCCGGCAUGUACAAAAUCAUUAGAUCUCGUAAGAGCAUCCCAGAUACAUAUGCAGAGCAGCUAGUAGCUGGUGGACUCAUGACUGAGGACGAAGUAUCAGAGAUAAAAACAUCAUACUACUCCAAACUGAACGACCAUCUUGCCAAGAUGAUGUUAUAUAAUCCUCCUCCCAUCAACCUGCAGGCGCACUGGAGUGGCAUGGUGGAACCCACCGCUAGGAUCACCACGUGGGACACAGGUAUGCCUGUAUCACUCCUGCAGUUCAUUGGAAUCAAGUCCGUGGAGGUUCCUGAAGAGCUCCAAAUGCACAGCCACCUUCUGAAGACAUAUGUGCAGGCGAGAAAACAGAAAGUGGAGGAGGGAACAAAAUUGGACUGGGCUACAGCUGAAGCAUUAGCUUUUGGAGCCCUGCUCAGCCAAGGGUUUAAUAUCCGAUUAAGUGGACAGGAUGUCGGCAGGGGAACAUUCAGCCAACGGCAUGCAAUAUUGGUUUGCCAAGAGACGGACGACACUUACAUCCCUCUGAACCACAUGUCCCCAGACCAGAAGGGCUUCCUAGAGGUGAGCAACAGCCCCCUGUCCGAAGAAGCAGUGCUUGGUUUUGAAUAUGGAAUGAGUAUUGAGAGUCCCAAAUUAUUGCCAAUUUGGGAGGCUCAGUUUGGCGAUUUCUUCAAUGGGGCCCAGAUAAUAUUUGACACUUUCAUUUCUGGAGGUGAAGCCAAGUGGCUCCUGCAGAGUGGAAUUGUCAUUCUUCUUCCCCAUGGCUAUGAUGGCGCAGGCCCUGAACACUCAUCCUGUCGAUUGGAGCGCUUCUUGCAGAUGUGUGACAGCUCAGAGGAGGGAGUUGAUGGUGAUAAUGUGAAUAUGUCAGUGGUGCAUCCAACCACCCCAGCACAAUAUUUCCAUUUACUCCGAAGGCAGAUGAUUCGAAACUUCCGGAAACCGCUAAUCAUUGCCUCUCCCAAAAUGCUUCUCAGGCUCCCGGCUGCUGUGUCAGGUCUUCACGAAUUGGCUCCAGGGACAACGUUCCGGCCAGUCAUUGGUGAUUCAUCAGUUGACCCCAAAAGCGUCACCCAGGUGGUGCUGUGUUCGGGCAAACAUUAUUAUGCCUUGGUGAAACAGAGGGAAGCCCUUGGAGAACAGCAGUGCAGCACUGCCAUCAUCAGACUUGAAGAGCUGUGCCCUUUCCCUCUGGAAGCUCUCCAGCAAGAAAUGAACAGAUACAAGAAUGCCAAAGAUUUUAUUUGGAGUCAGGAGGAACCACAGAACAUGGGUCCCUGGACUUUUGUGUCACCAAGGUUUGAGAAGCAGUUAGCAUGUAAGCUCCAUCUUGUGAGCCGACCUCCCUUACCAGCUCCAGCAGUGGGCAUUGGAACACUACAUCAGCAGCAACAAGAACACAUACUUACCAAAACGUUUGCUUAAAGCCUUUCUACUUAAACAGCUACAAUUCCCUGUGUAUAACAACUUUUUUUCAAAGAACUUGCAUGGAGGAGGAAAAACCACUAGGCCUUUAGUCCCAAAAGGCAAGAACAAAUCAGGAACUGUUCUGUAAAGAGCAGGGAAAUCUUUAAAUGUACUGAUUCAAACAAA